AUGCGAGGUAAGGUGAAGCUUGAGUACAUUGCUGAUGAAACUUCAAGGAGGGCAACAUACUUGAGAAGGAAAAAAGGCCUCCUGAAGAACCUGGAAGAACUCACCAUCCUUGCUGGUGGGAUUGAUGCAUGUGCUCUUAUUUAUAGUACAGAGUUUCAUGCUCAACCAAAGGAAUGGCCAUCCCCAUCGGAGCUUCAAAGGAUAAUCACCAAGUUUAGAAGUUAUCCAGAAUUGGAGCGGGGUAAGAAGAUGAUGAACCAGGAGAGCUUGUUGAAUGAAUUGAUUCUAAAGGCCAAAGAGAACUCAGCAAAAAUGCAGAGGAAGAACAAGGAGAUAAAGAUGUCCUUGCGCCUGUUUGAAGUAAUCGGCAAUAAAAAUAUCACUGGAACUAUGAACAAUGAUGAGUUGAAUCAAAUGGAAUGGGAAAUUGAUGAAAAGUUGAAGCGAGUGGAUCAGAGGCUCAUUGAACUAAACAACAAUGCUUCAACAUCUCAGAGCCAAGCUCAAGUGGCAGAUUCAACCUUAGUGGCAAAUGGAGCAACUAUUCAAGCAGAGGCACAUGUGAAUCAUAGCCAAAGUGAUGAAAUGUAUAAGAAAGCCACACGAGAUUUUACAUCUUUUCUUAAAUAUAUCAAUGGCGGAGACGAUGAUAUUUCAGAUUAG